CGGAAUUUGUAGGUCAUACGCGCGAUGAUUUGAGAUCAUGACGAAGGUCUAUAUUCUGUAUGAGCACGCGUUAGGAUAUGCACUGUUCCGAGUUAAAGUCAAAUCAUUAGAAACUUCAGAUGCCGUUGCUGCGUUACAACAGUUAGCUGCAGAUCUGUUAAACGAUGAAGAAGAGUUUAUGAAAUGUUUUAAACUGCACGCAUUUGUGCCUUUCUCCUCCUCAGCUAGUGCUCUACAAAAUUGUAAUGGGAUAUCAGAAGGUGUUGUUCCACAGGAACUUAAAACGUUCAUAGAGGAGAAUUUACCGGCUUCCGAUGUUUUGCUGUGCAUCUCAGACCGGAAACUUGCUGAAUCUCUUAAAGCGCCUGAAGUUGGAUUGCCUGAAACUAUUGCAUGUUCAUCUGAAUCCAUUCUUCACGAAGUCUUUCGGGCUCUCCGAUUUUACUUUCCUAAAUACAUCAAAGAAUUUUCGCAUUUCGAUGAAUCAAAAGCUCAAAUAGGUUUGGGUCAUAGUUACUCUAGAGCCAAAGUGAAAUUUAAUAUAUACAGAAACGACAAUAUGAUUAUUCAGUCCAUAAAUUUACUAGACCAAUUAGAUAAAGAUGUGAAUAACUUUUGCAUGCGUGUCAAAGAAUGGUUCUCUUAUCAUUUCCCGGAAUUGUCAAAAAUUGUUCCUGACAAUCCAACUUUUGUUAAAGUAAUCGGUCUUAUUCGUACCCGAGCUGGUGCAACAGAAGAAAAUCUUGAAGCAUUGGAGGCUUUAACUAAUAGUCAAGUUGCUUCAGAUAUCAUUGAAUCUGCUAAAUCAUCCGUUGGCUUUGAUAUUACGGAUGAUGAUGCUGAGAAUUUGGCAACAUUCACUGAAAAAAUUAAUGCAUUAAUUGAACGUAGAAGACUAACACAAGAGUAUUUAGCAAAGAAACUUGCUGGUGUUGCCCCAAACUUGAGCACAAUGAUUGGGGACAGAGUAAGUGCAAGGCUAAUUGCUCAUGCGGGAUCCCUUACGAACUUGGCUAAAUUCCCUGCCUCGACAAUUCAGAUAUUGGGGGCGGAAAAAGCGUUAUUCAGAGCAUUACGAACUCGUGGUGCUACACCAAAGUAUGGAUUGAUUUAUCAUAGUCAAUUUAUCACUCGUGCUGCGCGAGAAAAUAAGGGGAAGAUCUCUAGAUUUUUGGCUGCCAAAUGUGCUAUAGCCUCUCGAAUCGACUGCUUUAGUGAAGUGCUUUGUGAUAUCUAUGGAAAACAUUUGAAGCAACAAAUUGAGGAUAGACUGAAUUAUUUUGAGACUGGCACUACGCCCCCUACAAAUGCUGAAGCUAUGGCGCGCGCAAUUGCUGAGGUGAAUAAAUAUAUUCAACGAAUGAAGAAAAAAGCUAUCAAAACACUGAAUAAAAGAGAUUCAGAUAGUCAAGAAGAAAAAGAAGCAGCUGUCACAACACUUGAAACACCUAUAUUAGACAGUAAAAAGAAACGUAAGAAAAAGCGUAAUUUAAUAAAUGGGAACAUCACCACUACUACUGUUGUGGAUGGUGUUUCUAAUGAUCAGAAUGAAAUAGUGAAUCAUGAUGAAGGAGAAUUAGAUCAACAACAACAACAACAACAACAACAAACAACCGAAAUGAAUCAAUAUCAACUAUUAAAUGAUAACAAAGGAGAGAAAAGUACAACAAUGAAGAAAAAGAAAAAACGUCAUCAUUCAGAAUCGAUUGAUCUUGUUGAAAAUUCAAUGUUAACAAAUGGUGAUCAUAUUUGUGUAGAAACAAUAGAAACAUCAAUAUUAUCUAAACGUAAACGAUCCGCUUCUGAAUCCAGUAUACUAUUAGAGGAUAUAAAAUCGGAUAGUUUAAAAAAGAAGAAAAGGAAAAAAACAUCCUAUAUGAUGUGAUUGGAUUAAUUUACAUUUAGCUGUGUAAAAGAUAAUUAGCUCAAUUUUUGACUAUUUAUUGUAAAUAGUAACAUUAUUGGUUAUUUUUUGAUUGUUGUUGUUGUUGUGGAAUAUAAAAUGUAUUAUGAAUCUCCUAUUCUUCUAUCUCUACACAAAUCUCAUUCGAUAUGUGUGAGGGCUGUG